ACCCAAACAAACAGAACCCUAUCAAAUCCAAACACAGCCUUUGAUUCCCAAAUCCCUCGUCCCAUUGAACAGUGAUCAGUUAUAUUCGCGUUGCGAUCUAUUCCAAUUCCAUGACGACACCACCGUCUUCCUCCUCAGCUUCGCACUCGCAAUUCGCCUAUUCAAACCCUUCCUCCUCCUCCUACUUCCCCGUUCCCUUUCACCUUCAGCAACCCGCAACCACUCACUACGCUGCGCCCUACGUCGCCGCCCCCUCCGUGCAAAUCCCCGCUCCUCCCGUCGUCGGCCCCAUUGCUCCCGCGCCGGUUCCCGGCGUGUACUCCGCCGUGCCGCAAUAUCAGGCACAGCAGUUAUUUGAGAGGGAUGCGCAGAUAAUAACGCCGGAGGCUCUUGAGAAUGUUAAGGCAGCGAUUGCGAGCAGCGACGUGGAACACAAAACUGAUGCCAAAAAGAAAGCGGUUCCUCGCAAAGCUGCUGGCCAAGCUUGGGAGGAUCCUAUCCUUGCGGAGUGGCCAGAAGAUGAUUAUCGGCUCUUCUGUGGGGAUCUUGGUAACGAGGUGAAUGAUGAUGUUCUCUCAAAAGCAUUUUCACGGUUUCCUUCCUUUAACUUGGCACGAGUUGUCAGAGACAAGCGGACUGGUAAAACAAAAGGUUAUGGAUUUGUGAGCUUUGCCAAUCCUUCUGACCUUGCUGCUGCUCUUAAAGAAAUGAAUGGUAAGUAUGUUGGAAAUCGUCCUAUAAAACUACGCAAGAGUAAGUGGAGGGAGAGGACAGAUUAUGAAGCACUGGAGAAACAGAAGAAUCACAUUCAAAAGAAACCGAAAAUGCCAAGGAAAGGUGUGCUGCACAAGUGACAUGCUGGAACCUGUGUAAAUCAGGAAUUUGUGGCAGUUAUUUAGUACGUGAGGAAGGAAACUCUGAAAAUGUAUAAAAUUUGACUGAGGCUUAUUUAAUUGAUGAGAAACUUUAGAUUGUGUUCUCAAGUCCCCCGCCCCCAACCCCACCCCACCAUAUCAUUCGUAAUUAAUAUGAUAAAUGCUCUUGCCAGCUUUGUGUG